AUGCCUCGUAAAUCCAAACCGCGUCGCACACACUCGCUAGGUGGGUGUGCCACUUGUCGGCGUAGGCAUGUGAAGUGCGAUCAAGAGCGUCCCUCUUGCCUGACCUGCCAGACAAUGGGAUUCAAAUGCGAAGGAUUCUCAGAAGAGAUCCGAUGGAUUGACGACAGGAAGGAUGCAACCUCCAAGGGCAGAGCCGGUGAAAAAUGCGGUCAAGUUCACAAGAGUGCAAUCCGAAGGCAUUUAUACACAGGUAAAUCCUCCACCUGCACAGGCCCAUCGGCUUUAGAACAGUCCAGACUUUUGAUGAGCGCGGCACUGAGCAGUGGUCUCGUGUCGGACUCGAUUGAUGCGUCUCUCGAGGAGAUCGAAGUCAGGUCGCAGACCGCGUCAUUUCCAGAAACCUAUAUUCGGGUUGGGCCAUUCUCUGUCCUCAACUUUGCCUCUAGUUCAGACAAACCGCUGGAAAUCCAGCAGAGUGACAGUGCAGCUAACCCCGCCGGCCUGAACUCCCCGGUCGACGAUCCAGCCUUUUCGGGCUGUUCGCUGACGGUGGGGGAUCUACCUCCGUAUACGGAUGACUUGCUGCAGUGGUCUGAUCUUUUCGGUUUUAAUGACAAACUUUACGGGAUCACAUCCAACCAGUCCCUGGGUUCGAAUGGCCUCCCCGCCUUUUACCCGUCCCCGCCGUUUGAUGAACUAGGAAACAAUAUCUUCACCUCAUCUGCGCCAGAAACCGAGGAUGCUGGGUUUCUCACAUUUGCGGAGGAGCAACGAUUAUCCUACUUGACCAUAGGCGGCUUGUCAAAUUCAACAGACGCCCUAGAAACCUCGGGUGACUUACUGGCCGACGCAUCGUUCUUACUGAAGAUGUUCCAAAUGAACAUUGUUCCGCGCAUGACAGUCACCUCGCUUGGCAAACGAUCACCAUGGAGUAUUCUCAAUGUACCGGCAGCAUUGAUGACACUUGGAGAUCUAGCAAUCUUAGAAUCACAGGAGGUCAAUCACGCGCGCCAAGCCAAUCUAUUUAGCCUUCUGUCAUGUUCCGCAAUUCACCUCGCAACCACGCCCUCUGCAGCGUCGGUUGGAACAAAGUCAAUGGAGUAUUGGAGACAAGCUGCCAAUCGGUACUAUGAACAAGGGAAGUCCCACCUACUCAUUUCAUUGAAAGAGGAGACUGAGGGGCAAACAAAAGCCAAGUAUAAGGAUCAAAUCAUGGCAGUUUAUGGAAUGAUCGAGUCGGCUAUCUUUCAUGGUCACCAACAAGAUGCAAAAUGCUUCAUGAUCGAUGCUGAGUGGCUGCUGCGUCUCCGGGCCAUCCCCAAGCGUGUCACUUCGCGCAAAGUCCGUCUUCUAGCCAAUGUAUAUGCCUGGCUCCGGAUUAUGGGCGAGAGCACAUAUCUAUUUCAUGAUGAUCUUACUUCCCCCGCCUGGAUUAAUGAGCUCGACGACCAAAUCCAGGCUUACGGGUGUCGUCAGUCCGGUGGAAAUAUAGUGACCUCAAAAGAACACGAACAGCCCCCGCGGCUGGAUGAUUUCCUCCAUCUUGAACAGUCUGAUAACGACCUUAGAAUCGACGAUCCAAAGGACCAAACCAAAGAUUUGUCGGACAUUCAUCUUCAAGACUCAAGAAAAUCGAAGGGAACGCUGGCCAAGCAAGUUUAUGGCCUGCCAGAGACUUGGCUCAGUCUUGUUUCACAGACCACCAGGCUCGCCAACAUUUUGAAAAAAUUGCAAAUAGCCCAAAAAAAUGAUCUCGAUAUUGGAUCCAAGAUCUGGAGGUCCCUUCAAGAGCGUAGCGACUUAUUGGAGAGUGUUAUACACUCGUUCGUUUCUCAGAGUAACGAUUCAGAGCCCCUCGACAGCCCAGUUUUCACUUACUCCCAGACUCUCAAAGCUUUGAAUGCGGCUCUUGUCAUUCUUUUUUACAGGCGGGUCCGGAAUGUACACCCUGCAAUAUUAGAGGGCCAGGUUGACUGCGUGAUUGAGGCAUUACGAGCAUUGAAUGCCUCGUGUCCUAAUAUGCAUCCUUACGGGCAUGGAACUCUAUGGCCGGUUUUCAUUGCUGGCUGUGAAGCAUUAACCACAGAUCGACGAGAAAGUCUUCUCGGGUUUGUCGAGAGUGCCGAGGUCGGUGCUGGUCUUGCUCCUUUCCACAUGGUCAAGGAUAUCAUGGGUGAGCUGUGGCAAAGACAAGAUGAGCAUCUCUCUACUCGUUGUCGGGGGCCUGUCCCGACCUGGAUGGAUGUUGUCAUGGAGCGACAGAUAUGGCCCAUUUUCUGUUAA